UUUUGCAUUAUUUGGUAUAUUGGGUUUGGCUUAUUACGUAGUUUAUAUCUCUUUUCGGCGUGUGUCCUCUGAAAUUUGUAGCAAUGAAAUUUGUCUUUUGCAGAAAGACCUACCCUCUUGGUUUUGUUCUGUAAGAUCAUGGAUUCGCCGGAAAAUCUGAACAUUUCAUUGACUCUGCACAUAGACUUUGAGAAAAACAAGGUUCUUUAUGCUGAAGCAGAUAACGACUUCGUUGAUGUUUUAUUGAGCUUAUUGACACUACCAUUAGCAACUGUCUCUAGACUUGUUAGUAAGGAAUCUACUGUACAGCCUUGCACAUUUAACUGUAUUUCCUCACUGCGUCAAAGUGUUGAGAAACUGGACCAGAAGUAUUUCUCUUGGGAUUGGAUCAAAGAAAAGUUGCUGAAUCCACUCAAUCCAAUGGGAGCUGAAUCCAAAACUCUGGUAUAUAACUUUGAUGACCCACAGAUGUCCAGGGGCUUUGCUGGCUAUCUUCGCAAAUCAUCAUGUUUUAUAGUUGCGGAUGAUCUAACACUGAUGCCUAGUGAUCUGAAUUCAACGUUAUGGAUACUAGAAACUCUCGGUAUUGAUUAUGUUCCGGAGAAAUUGACUGUGAAUGUUACUGAGGCAGAGGUACUGGAUCUCCUGAAGUUCUCUUUAUGGUCAAAAACACCAUUGACAGACCUGUUCUUACGCAAAAAGCUGAACAUUCAGAACUGUCAAACACUACCACAGUCCAGGUUAAUGAAAAGUGAGCUUCAAAUCAAUGACGGUUGGAAGAUGAAGUUGAAGAUAAUGAUAUCAAAAUCAAAGAGGAAAAUUCUGUUUGCUGAAGCAGAAGAGGGGCUCAUGGAUCAGCUUUUAAGUUUCCUGACCAUACCACUAGGUGUAGUUGAACGUCUUGCUCAAGGCAAUGCUGGUUUGGGCUGCAUUGACAAUUUGUACAAAAGUUUGGCUGGUAUUGAUUCAACAAGAUAUUUCAAAUCUGAUCUGAAGAACAAGCUACUUAAUCCCAUGAUUGCCUCUCGUAAAGUUAAAAACCAGAUGUUACCAAUUUAUUAUAAAUUAAGUGAGGCUUCAGAAAGUAGGUAUGCUUGUUAUGUUAAGCAGGGAACAACGUUCAUGGUGACAGAUGAUUUAUCUGCAGAACCAUUUUCAUCUUCUGCUGCUUUGAAAUUUCUGCGUGAAUCCAAAUUUGUCGAGCAAGACUUGGAGGUGAAGCUCAUACGCAUUGGGGCAAAUGAGGUGUAUGAAAUUCUCAGAGCUGCUAUAUUCACAUCAUCAGCAUUGACAACUGGUUUGAGUCCAUUCCUUAACCUUGUCAAACAAGAGACGUGA